AUGGCUAUCAUGCGGGUGUUCAAGCUUGGGAUAGCGAUGCGUCUGGACGCGAUCACUCCGGCCAAUUGUUGUACCUUCUGUGAGGGCAAGGACUGUUCAAAUCCGCAGACUGUCGAUGACAAGACUCAGAUCAAACAGCUCGGCGAUGACAAGUAUUGGGAACCAAAGACACCUUUGAUGUUACUCCGACGUGGAACUCCAGAAUCUAGUCAUGAUACCAGUCGGGCCGGGGCAGAUGUUGGAUUUGCUGUCUGGCCAUAA